CCCCCGUAGAAAGCGCACAUUACAGCCGGCAGACUCCACCCCCACCGCCCAGGGGCCGCCGCUGCUCCGCCCGUGUUUCGCGUAUUUAACAUGAGCCUGAGCCUCCAUUGGAGGUGAGAAAUGAUGCGAGUCCACCACAAUGGGACGGGCUGAAGACACAUAGAAAUUAACAUUAAAACCCGAUGACAGCGGCCGGCAGGGGAUACGACUGACACAAAAAUCCCGGAUUCCUGAGUUCUCGCUUGUCGCCAGUCUUCAGCUUCCCCAUGCCUCCAUCUCCCCUUGACGACAGAAUUGUGGUGCCCCUCCCAAGGCCUGUCCGUCCUCAGGAACUCAAACUCUGCCCGGACACCAGUUACCUGGAUCCCAUCUCUGUCUCCGGCCAGAUCGCCAUCGGCACAGCUGUGGUGAAGAUCCGGGCUGCCAAUCUGACUUAUAUGCCCUCAUCCAACGGCUCAUCGCGAUCGUUGUCUUGCGGAUGCAGCAGCGCCAGCUGUUGCACGGUGACCACCUACGAGAAGGACAGCCAAAGCCAGAGCCAGAUCAGUGUCAGCAGUCCCAACUUGAGCUCGGGGGUCCCCUUCGCCGGCACUCCUGGCCCCAUGGUCAACAAUAAUGAGGCGGCAAGCUCUCCAGCCUCGGUUGGCAUUCUCGGGCCCGGCACCAGCGCCACCCGUGUCAUCCACCCCAACGAGCUGGCCAAGAAGAUGACCCGCUGUCCCAAAGGCCACCAAAUCGGCCCAGUGCCGGUCAUCAUCGACUGCCGUCCGUUUACGGAGUAUAAUAAAAGCCACAUCCAGGGGGCGCUGCACAUCAGCUGUUCCGACAAGAUCAGCCGCCGGAGGCUGCAGCAGGGCAAGAUCACUGUUUUGGACUUGAUCUCCUGCCGGGAAGGCAAGGACUCCUAUAAGGGCAUCUUCUCCAAAGAGAUAGUUGUUUACGAUGAUAGCACUAGCGACCCCAGCAGACUGAUGCCAUCGCAGCCCCUCAAUGUCGUCCUGGAGUCACUCAGGAGAGAAGGGAAGGACCCCCUGGUUUUGAAAGGAGGCCUGAGCAGCUUCCGGCAAAGUCAUGAGAACCUUUGUGAGAACUUCCUGCAGCUGGAUGAGGGGCUGGAUUCGGGCGGGGCCACUGCCCUGCCCCCCUCCCUGCCCGCUACGCCCGACAUGGAGAACGCCGAGCUGACCGCCAUCCUCCCCUUCCUGUACCUGGGGAAUGAGCACGAUGCUCAGGAUCUGGAGCUCAUGCAGAGGCUGAACGUCGGUUUCGUGCUCAACGUCACCACGCACCUGCCCCUCUACCACUACGAGCAGGGCCUGUUGAAGUACAAGCGCCUCCCCGCCACAGACAGCAACAAGCAGAACCUCAGGCAGUACUUUGAGGAGGCGUUUGAGUUCAUCGAAGAGGCUCACCAAGCCGGACGGGGCGUCCUCAUUCACUGUCAGGCCGGCGUCUCACGAUCGGCCACCAUCGUCAUCGCCUACUUAAUGAAGCACACUUGGAUGACCAUGACGGACGCCUACAAGUUUGUCAAAACGAGAAGGCCGAUUAUAUCUCCAAACCUCAACUUUAUGGGACAGCUGCUGGAGUUUGAGGAGGACCUCAACAACGGCAUCACCCCACGGAUCCUGACACCAAAGCUCAUCGGGGUGGAGACCAUCGUCUGAAAAGAGCUUUUAAGGAUGACAUGGGUCCUUUUGUGAUUGGCUAUGAAGGUGAACACGUUUGCUGAGCUUCCUCAGAGCUUCCGGUACAACUUGAGCUGGGAGAGAUCUGGAUCUGAGGUCUCGAGAAGACUGGGACUUGGUCCAGAGGCCUGGAGUGCUGUGGCCCUGAUCCCGAGGCGUGUUGUGCGUACAGGAGCACGCCGAAGCAGACGUGACCAAGCAGGACCGGAGUGUGUCCUCCUCUCUGCAGUGGGAGAGCUUCCCGUCUCCUAGUGGCAUUGGGACAACUGGUUCGGUCUCCACCAAGAGGGCAAGCGUGCCCCCCGCCAAAAAAGCGAAUGCAUUACUUGGUGUGUUAAUGUCCUCAAGCUAUUUUUAUAUGGGAAUUGAAACGCGGGGUUAGGGGGCAGUGAGCAGACUAAGUCCUCUGUGGCUUCACUGUGCAAUAAUUUCUGUGUGGAAUGCGACAGGAGCUGGACCUGUGUAUAUAGAGUGCUCAUUAAACGCAUCCAGCUCACAAGUGAUUAAACAAAGUUUUGUUAUUGUUUUCAGUUUGGCUUCAGAUACUGGGGCUUGUGCCGAAUUUCGUGGCACAGGAGUAUGACAGGAAGACAAAGAGAUGUUACUUAAUUUCUUGGCACUUCAUAGCAGUCUACGACUUCAUCUGAACACUCCACAUGAAGAAGUUGAACCCAUUCUCGAUAAGCUGUGUGUCUCAGUAGCAUAGUGCUAGUCCCAUAACAGGCGUUCCCCAGAUAUUCACUGUAGGGGAAUUCCCUUGUUUUCCAGAUGUAAAGUUCAUAUGCAUGUCAGUACCGGGUCGAGAGACAGAGGUGUGUAGAGAGCAGUGCUGGGCCAGGCUUUAGUCUUGUACAGUGUGUUAGGAGAUCACACACCUCAGAAUAGUCCUAUUCUCUGCUUGUUUUGCCAUUCAUGGCUGCUUUUCCUCUGGUUUAUCCUUGUGCCUCUUAUGACAGAUGUUCAACACCCUAUUUUUAAAAUGCUUCGGUUUUAACGUGCAUAUAAUAUAUAUAUUUUUUACAAAUACAACAAAUUAUGAUCCUGGAUGCAGACACCCACAGCUGUGAUGUAACCUUCAGCGUUUGGGCUCUCGGGUAGGGGUGGGGAAUCCGGGCCAUCCUACCCCGUCUUUGAAGGCAUUGGGUGACUCUACGAGGCUGUGUCCGACUUCCCAGCAGCCCGCACUCUCGCCGCUCCCUGGUAGUUGCCUUAAUUUAUACCGUACCUCCUCACCCAGCCUAAAAAUGGCAGGAACUAAGAACCCCAGUUUGACACGUCUUCCCAAAAACGUUUGCUGCAACUUCUUAAAACAACUUCACGGAUUUGCAUAAAUAGAGAACAACAGUAGCUAUGGGCGACUACAGGUGACCGCACAAGGUCAAGAGGCGUCUCCAGGGUUUUCAUGUACAAUCUGCCUCCAAAACAAGAAGGAGAGGUGUAGAUGAUCAUACUACUAAACCGUUGCUGCUGCGAGCCCCGAGACUGCUGUACGCCGCUUUCUGGAGUCUCGGAUUUCCAGGCUUUGUUUUUGGUAGCUAACUGCCUAUUUAGCUUGUCUCAAAGCAUGCCGAUUCCCCUUACCGCCCUGACUCUGCUGGUUAUUUCUGGCCAAGCUCCUGCCGUCUUCCCAUUGGUUGUGAGGGCGCUACAUCACAGCGUGCGCCUCUCGUACCGUCUGUUGUAGCGCUUUGCAUGCUAGCUUCACAGGCUGUUUGGAUUAUGUGUCACGGUCUGGGAAGCCGCCGUGCUGGGGAACGAACAGCUUCUGGUACAUGUAGCAGUCGCAAGGCUCAUUCUGUAAGCUGCCAUUAGGCUACCAAGACCUAAUCUGGUGUAAAAAACACACACACAGUCCCAUUCUCUAUCCUACAAUGCUGAAGUGGGAUGAACAUGACGGAGGCAGGUGUGAGCUCACAGGUGAUGCGUGAGGAAACUAACAGGCGCCAGUGUGGAUAUCAGAGCACAAACCCACUAACCACCGCCAGAGAGAUAACGCAACACCUCUCUGGCAAGCAAGGGCCAAACAUGAAGAAAUGUUGGCGUUCUACACGUUAGCAUUCCCUCGAUCCAUUUAUUUCUUUUUGUUGAAUCCAUUCAGGUUUAUUUUAGCAGAUGCUUUUUUUCCAAAAUGAUGAACAUUUGAGAAAGCAGUGUCAGCCAGUCCCUGGAGCAAUUGGGGAUUAAGGGUCUUACUCAUGAGCCCAACGGUUAGCAGUGGUAGUCCUACACACACGUGAGGAAAAAAUGCAUUGAUGCUAUUUAUUUGCUUGCUCACUAGCUACUGUGACGUCGUUUGACCAUCGUCCUUCUUUCGUAGUCGUAUUUCAUCUUGUUCCUGGUGGAGGAUAAGAGGGCUAGCAGGUCAUCAUCAGCAUCCCCUGGUUUCUCUAUAGAGUCGUCUUCUUUAAAGGAAAACCGGCACACGUUUAGCAUCGAUCACACCCCGACCAACAAGGCAACGUUUGCGAUCACAUCCCACUUACAUAAGGAGUCGACGCCAGAGCACCUGUGCUUUGCAGAAGAGCUAUCAGCCUGCACACACAGUACCUUAGAUAAAAACACAGCUUGUAAUUUCGAAGGAGGCGACCUUGGAGAGACUGUACGAUUGAAUAUUUCUCAGCGGAUUCAGUUUCCAGUCAAGCGUCUUCAUCUAACGAGCAUACAUCUUACAUCCUGUCUCAUUAAAUACACUUUUUCAUGAAUUGAAAUGAGCCUGUAAUUGUAGUCAGUGAGAUGACCUGAAUAUAGGGCUAAUGUAAGCUUGCGUUUGGGAAAUGCUUUAGCUGUAGAUGAUAGGUAUUUUGUCUGCCCAAGAGGUGACCCUCCGGACAUAUUUAACCGCUUUUGCUGUGAGAUCUGGAUACACACUCUGAAUUUUAUGCGCUGUCUGUUUUCGCCGGUUUACAUUUCAUUCGUUGACACAGUAUACUUACACUUCGAAUAACAUCCAAAAAUAAGCAAUUAAGCAAUCCAGUAAAUAUGUGCUGACUAAAAAAGUGUGUCACUGUACACAUGUCUUGGGGCAGAUGUUACAUGUAAUUCAUUUUCGGUCUUUAAUAUCGAUGUUCCUGAUAUUGUGUGUCUGUGGGCAACCAUUCAGAUGUGACAUUUCCGUCAUCCGUGUUCCUUGAAAUAAACGCAAAUUUUACUGUAUCAUUGGCUAAAAUAUAUCUAGCUGUUGCUUGAACUACCACGUAGGUAAAUUUUUCAGUUUUGUGUGCAGAUGGGCGGAGACUGAGAGUGCAUUUGCCAUUUGUGUGCCUAUGUAGGUUUUAAAAAAAAUAUCGUUCGAAUGAUUUGACGGUAGGAAGCAGGGUGGAACCAGCGCUGGGCGUCAUGUGACGCCGGUCAUGUGCUUCUUACCUGCAUGUUGUAUCGUAUCAGUGUUCAUUUCCUGGGAGAUUCCCCAGCGCAGAUAUUUGCUGUGAAAGCUGUUGAAGGUGGCUGCAUUUUAAAAGCUGUUAGACCACGCGCCUAUCACUUGGGAGCGAUGCAGCUGCCCCUGCGGGAGGGCGUGGCCACCGUGCUGCCUUUUCCGUCCCCUUCCAAGGGCCUUCGUGAGCACAAGAGCUUCCUGUAGACAAGUGGGAAAUACUGUGUCACUAUUUCUUGGGUGCGAGGCAUGAACUGCGCAUUACGCAGCGGCAGAGAUCACGGUGCAUCUGGCGACGCAUUAACUGUCACAACGCGGUUUAUGCAGACUCCCCCCAGGGCUUUAACCCUUCAUGCGUCUCCACCGGAAAGCCGGAGAGACCCGUCACUGUGGUAGGGGGUGUUUACCGCUCCGCGUGUGCCAUCCUUAAGGUUCUUGUGAAUGGCUUGUGUUCGUCAUGCACGUGCAGAUACAGUAGGUGUGUGUGCAUAUAUUGUGUUGUUGAGUAUAUUCUGUAUGUCUCCAUGACUUCAUUUCUAUGCAUAAAUCAUUACUAUUUUUGCACUGACUUAUAAAACAGCAGGAUUUAUUUUUUCAUAAAGGGUGCUAUAUUUAAGAUGAGGCCUUCUUCCACAUCUCCUGCAUGACCUGUUCAAUAUUUCCAACUUAUUUAUCCCUUUUCUUAAACUGUCAAAGUUUAAGUAUUGUAAUUUUGUAGUUCCUUACCUUCCUUGUGGAUUUUGAAAUAAAGGGAUUAAAUGAUUCCAGA